AUGAGCCCUUCUAGUGUUGCUGGUUCAGAUGGCUAUAAUGGGAAUUUCUUUCAUAAAUGUUGGACUAUCAUUCAAGAGGACAUCAAAAACAUGGUCCACGAUUUCUUCAAAGGAAGGAACUUAACUAAGUUCUAUUCCCAUACCUGUCUAAUCUUGAUUCCCAAGGUUGAUUCUCCUGCUAACUUUGGUAAUCUUAGACCAAUUAGUCUAAGUAACUUCAAUGCCAAAAUUAUUUCUAAGAUUUUGUCCAUUAGGUCGAAUCCACUACCAGAUAAGCUCAUUUCAGAAAACCAUUCUGGUUUUGUCAAAGGCAGACUUAUCACUGAAAAUGUUCUUUUAGCCCAAGAAUUAGCCCAAGGAGUGUCUCAGAUUAAUCAGGGAGAAACAUGA